UGGUAUCAGCAAAGUAUCGCCGGCAUAGACCACAGAGACUGGAAGAGUAGCUGCAUCAUGGAACCUGCCGGACUUGACCUGGACGACCUCGCUCAAGAUGUCGAUUUCUCCAUGGGAGAAGGCUUCGAGAGGCAGAGAGCCGAAGCUGCGGCCGUCCUGCAAGAGCUGGAUAGGAGGAGGGAGGCUCGGACGAUGGCCGUGCCGACGGAUACGGAGCAGGUCAAGGCGAGGUUGAGAGAGCUAGGAGAGCCUGCGACACUGUUUGCUGAAGGGCCGGGAGAUCGACGAGAGCGUUUAAAGUACGUUCUCGGACAAAUUCGACAAGCUAGAGGAGAAGGAGAUAUGGAGGUGGAGCAGCCAAGCGACGAUUCGUCAGACUCGGAAGAGGAGGAGAAAGAGGAAGAAUUCUACACGCCAGGUUCAGAGGAGCUGCUUCUAGCUCGAAGAAAGAUUGCAGACUUUUCGUUGAGGCGCGCUCGAAAACGUAUAGCGAGGCAGAAGGAGGAGGCCAAGUUGCCCCUGAGCAAGGUGAUCGAUACGAGGAAACAAAGCUACAGCCAGAUCAAAAAAUUCAGCCAACUCGGUUCUCAGAUCGGGGAUGACCGACCCGUCUCGCUCGUCCGCUUCUCUCCCAAUUCGAAACUCCUCUUGACCGGUUCCUGGACCGGGAACGCAAGGGUAUGGGACAUACCAAGCUGUAACCUGAAGACCACCUAUAGAGGUCAUGGAGAUAGGGUCGGAGGGGUGGCAUGGCAUCCCCAGGCGACAAUUGGCCAAAGCGAGGACGCUGUCAACUUCGUGACGGGUGCAGCGGACGGGCUGGUCAAGCUGUGGUCGCUAGGAAGCGAACGGUCCAUGGCGACACUGCAAGGACACGAAGCGAGGGUCGGUCGGGUCGCUUUCCACCCGUCGGGAAACUAUGUCGGAUCGGCAUCAUACGACGGGACAUGGCGUUUGUGGGAUGUGGAAAAGCAAAAAGAGCUAUUGGUUCAGGAGGGGCACUCGAGAGAGGUUUUCGCGCUCGCUUUCCAGGACGAUGGUUCUUUAGCGGCUUCAGGAGGCUGGGAUGCUAUCGGUCGAGUGUGGGACCUGCGAACGGGUCGUACGGCAAUGGUACUGGACGGUCACGUGCGAGAGAUUCUGGCUCUGGACUUUGCACCAAAUGGCUACCAAAUCGCCGCCGGUUCCGGUGACGAUUCGAUCCGAAUAUGGGAUAUCCGUGCGCUCAAGGUCGCAUAUACCGUCCCGGCUCACAAGUCGUCGGUAUCGGACGUGCGAUUCUUCCGAUCGGCCGACGAGGCUUCUCUGAUCAGCGCCGAGGACGUCUCCAACGCUGCCAAACAGGGCGAGAUGGACGUGGAUGUGAGCGGGGACAACGAGGACAAGCCGAAACCGGAAACCACCAUGUCACGUAGCGGUCUCUUCCUGGCGUCAUCUGGAUUCGAUCACACCGUCAAGGUUUGGAGCGCGGAUGAUUGGCAGUUGUUGACAUCGCUCAAGACCGACGAGGGCAAGGUCAUGAGCGUCGAUGUCUCAGGGGACGGCAAAACGAUCGCCUCCGGAUCGUAUUCGCGCUCGUUCCACUUGUUUAUGGAUGUAGAUUCGUUUUAGGCCGACAUCAUGGUAUAACAUUAUGCCACGCAUUGU